CUGAACGACUUGCCCGAAGUGCCCCGUUUCAUGGCGACAGUACGCCGCACCUCGGGACCAGGUGUCCACGGUGCCAGGUAUGGGGACUGCGGCAUGCAGCCAGACGCUCAAGGCAGUGGGCUGCUCGCAGCUGGCCAUCGUGCUCCGAGGGAUGAACCGGGAAGAGCGGCAGGCCAUGGACGAGGAGUCGGACCACAGUGUGGACACCUUCCGGGAGCAUAUGCGUCGGCAAGCCGGCUUGCCGGACCUAGACGAUCUGCGUGCAGAGGAGGCAGAAGAGAAGCGCCGGGUGGUGCUAGAGCGCAGCCGGCCCUCCAAGCAGCAGCGGCCCAAAGGCGAUCCACUGCAGCUGGCACGGCCAGGCUCCACGCUGGCGAGCCGAGUGGCCGCCGCAGUGUCCACCGGCCUGGAGCGCCAGGACGCCGACUUCGCGGUGAAGACCUGCCACGUCGCAGGAACGCCAAGUUUGGAGACGUUGGCAGAUGACUUUGGGGCAUCCAUCCGCAGUGAGCGGGGUAGGCUGCCUGAAUGGCAGCGUCCCAACCAGGACGAGGCGCUUUUCGUGCUGCUGCGGGAUGGGUACCGAAUAGGUGUAGUCGUCGAUGGUCAUGGCCCAGAUGGACACAGCGUGGCGCAUGUGGUCAGGGACUUCCUGUUCCGGCGCUUGGCGUCAUCCUUGCCCUCCAAGCGCUCCGACAGCCUGGAUGACUACAGGAUUGGCAUGUACCAGUUGCUGGCCGAGACUCUGCAGGACGCUGACCAACUACUCUUCUCUGGGCAGGAGGCCGCAGACGCGCGGGCAAGUGGAGCGACUACUUGCGUCACUAUCCACGACCAGAAGAAGAGGUGGAUCUUCAGUGCUUGGGUCGGAAACUGCCGAUGCGUCCUUGGUGAGUUUGUGGAGGAGGGUGCAGCAUUGGAGGUUCAGGGCCGUCGCCGCAACUCCAUGGUCUCGGAAGGUACUUCCUCUUCAGGCACCAAAGGCCGUCGUAGGAAGAAUCCCAUCACCUUCUCCAGCAGCAGGUUGACAGAAGAUCAUUUGCUAUCCUCGGCAGAUGAGCGUGUGCGAAUCGCGUCUACCGGUGCUGUGAUUGCCACGGGCCCCUUGGGGCUGGACGAGGUGUCGAUCAUUGGAAGGCCCAAGUUUCCAGGAAUACACUUCAGUCGGUGCCUGGGCGACCUGGUGGCCAGGCAGCUGGGGGUGUCUGCGGAGCCCGAGGUCAAUGAUCGUCCUGCGGAGCAGGUGGUGGGAGACAACCACGUGAAGAUCCGAUAUGUCAUCAUGGGCACUGACGGCUUGUGGCAGUUCAUGAAGGAGCAGGCGGCUGCCGAAGCGGUGACCACCGCAGCCAGAGCGAAUGUUCAGUACGCCGCUGGCAGCCUUGUACAGCGAGCCCGUGAGUCUUGGGAUGCGCAGCAGGAGCGCCUUUGUGACUUCAUUGACGACAUUACGUGUCUCACAUUUUGGCUGUGAGCCCACGCUUACGGCCAAAAAAUUGGGCGGGCCAAAGGCCAGUGCACUGAGCCACUGAAAAGACAGAUUCAAGUAGAUACAAGAUUGGGGGAGAU